GAACAGAGAAGGAAAUAGAUUUUUUCAGUUGUGUCUGCUGAAGAACACAAAGAUGUCGGCGAGCGCGUGUCUGUCUCUGCCGGCGGCGAUGUCUGUCCGGCGAGAGGAAGGAGUUCCGAAUUCGAAACCUACUCAGGAAAAAUCGAGACUUUAUCUCAACAAACCUUCAUGGAUAGUCACAACUCAGUGUGGAGCUAAGACGAGGAAAAAGGAGAAGGGCAGAUGCGUAAUUUGCCAUGGAACUGGAAGAGUGGACUGUUUUAGUUGUAGCGGGAAAGGGAGGACAAAUUGUGUGGAUAUGGAGAUGCUUCCAAGAGGAGAGUGGCCCAAAUGGUGCAGGAGCUGUGGAGGGAGUGGGUUAUGUGAAUGCUCUCGCUGUCUUGGCACAGGAGAGUACAGAUACAUUAUGGGUUUCCGGUUCUUGAACAAACACGAUGACGUGGAUCCACAGUUAUGAUUUGCUGAAACGCUAUUGUUUAUGUUCAUUGUUCAAUGAUGAGUAGUGUAGACUUUAGUAUGUUAGAUAUGGUUUAUCCGUUUUUUUUUCUUGAAUAUUUGUGGUCAUCAUGUUGCAUACAAAGAGAAAUGGACACAUCUUGUGCCUUUUGAGUCUACAAGUCCUUUAGGAAGAUGAUGUAAAAUCCAGUUUCUGAUAGUUCUUAUAUGGGUAAACAUUUUUGAAGCUUACAUUGCAAAAAUGGUUUUAGCUUGGCUUUGGUUCCUUCGGAGACUGCAAUUGUUUUUGUGCUUAUGUUAGUCCUCCUUACCAAUAAUAUAUGUGCUAUGGAGCUAUUUGAGCUAAGUCAGCUGGGUCUGACGUUCGUCAACUGGGG